GUACUAUUUUUGGUUCACAAGUAAAGGGCCUCCCUUUGAAAGCAGCAGGCUGUGCAUUUUUUAAAUGACAUCACUUGGCAUUCUCCUGCUGUACGAGCUUGAUAUUUACAUGGCAAUGCAUGUAUCCCUUGUCUUUGCUCUUAUUGCAAGGCAGCAGGAUAAUCCCCAUCACACAGCACAGUACUAGUAUUCCCACUGCACACCACACACACAGCUGACAGAUAAAGCUGCAGGUUUCUGCAAGCAAUCCAGAGGCUGGGAAGAGGGAGACAGCUCAGGGGAGAGCAGAGGUCCCUGUUUUGGCCUUACAGGAGAGUACAGCAGCUGUUGAUGGUUUGGGAUACCCUUCUUUCUGGCUGCAAUCCGAGAAUACCUGGAGGAUGGGGAAUGGCAGCAGACCACCUAGAAGAUUUGCUGUUUUCUAUUGCAUCUCAUUUGUGCUGCUGUUGAUGACUGAGGUUGAAGGAAAAAAAACGAGCAAGUCUAAAUGCCCGACCUGGUGCACCUGUACCAAAGACAAUGCCUUGUGUGAAAACGCCAAGACUAUCCCCCGCACCUUCCUUCCUGACGUUAUCUCACUGUCGUUUGUGAGAUCUGAAUUUACAGAGAUCCCAGAGGGGAGUUUUUUACACAUCCCAUCUCUACAGCUGUUACUGUUCACUUCAAACACUUUUGAUGCAAUCAGAGAUGAUGCAUUUACUGGCCUUCCUCACCUAGAGUACUUGUUCAUAGAAAACAACAAAAUAAAAUCAAUUUCAAGAAAUGCAUUUCGUGGACUGAAAUCUUUGAUCCACCUGAGCCUGGCCAAUAACAACCUGCAAUCUCUUCCAAAGGAUGUCUUCAAAGGACUGGAUUCACUCACUAACGUAGAUCUAAGGGGCAAUUCCUUUCAUUGUGACUGCAAACUGAAAUGGCUGGUAGAGUGGCUGGAUAAAACCAAUGCGACAGUAGAACAGAUUUAUUGUGAAAGCCCGCCUGAAUAUAAAGGACGUAAAAUCAACAGCCUGUCCGCCAAAGACUUUGACUGCAUAACCACAGAAUUCGCCCUGUAUAAAUCUCUGCCCUAUCAAUCUCUGUCGGUGGACACCUUCACUUAUAUGAAUGAUGAGUACGUGGUCAUCGCUCAGCCCUUCACUGGUAAAUGCGUCUUCUUGGAAUGGGACCAUGUGGAGAUGACUUUUAGAAACUACGACAAUAUCACAGGCAUGUCUACCGUGGUCUGCAAGCCCAUAGUCAUUGAGAAGCAGCUUUAUGUUAUAGUCGCCCAGCUGUUUGGUGGUUCCCACAUUUACAAAAGAGACAUUUUUGCAAACAAAUUUAUCAAGAUUCAAGACAUCGAGGUCAUCAAGAUUCGCAAACCCAACGAUAUUGAGACUUUCAGGAUAGAUGACAAUUGGUAUUUUGUGGUUGCUGACAGCUCAAAAGCUGGUUGCACUACAAUUUACAAGUGGAAUGGUAAUGGAUUUUAUUCCCACCAGUCUGUGCACAUGUGGUAUCGUGACACAGAUGUGGAGUACCUUGAGAUUGUAAACAAACCACACCUGAUUCUUUCUAGUAGCUCUCAACGUCCGAUUAUUUACCAGUGGAACAAGAAGUACAAUAAUUUUUCUAAGCAUGCGGAAAUUCCAGACACAGAGGAUGUGUAUGCCGUUAAACACUUUUCCAACAAGGAUGAUGUCUAUCUUUGCCUAACGCGUUUCAUUGGGGAUUCCAGGGUUAUUAAAUGGGAAGGAGGUUCAAUGAUUUCUGAUAUCCAAAGGAUGCCAUCUCGUGGGUCGAUGGUCUUCCAACCUUUACAAAUUAACAACCACAAAUAUGCCAUUCUGGGGAGCGAUUAUUCCUUCACCCAGGUGUUUCACUGGGAUGUGGAUAAGGGAAAGUUUGUGAAAUUUCAGGAGUUGAAUAUCCAAGCGCCCAGGUCCUUCACACAUGUGUCCAUAGACAAACACGACUUCCUGUUUGCUUCAAGUUUUAAGGGAGCUACGCAAAUAUACGAACAUGUUAUAAUUGACUUGAGCGCAUGACCAUAGAAAUUCUAAUGACAUUAAGGAAAUGCUAACAUGGACAUUAUGAACAAAAUGCAUGAUAAGUCUUACUCUUGACAACCGUCUGGAUGACUGGCUUCAGAAGCUGGGAAUACCAGAUCAGAAGCAUUGCUUGUUUCUUAUUAAUUCAAUUGUCAUGUAUAGUGGUUUUGAAAGUUGUACUUUUUUCUAAAAAACAAGCAAAAAUCUUGAUAGUUGAAUGGUCUUUGCAUUAACAGUUUGUACAUAUUUCAGUAUAUUGCAUAUGUCCAUCUGACAAGAGAGAUAAAUAAUGUUACUUUUCCAUUUAUUUAUUCAUUCAUUCACCCGACUGAAAGAAAACUGCCAAAUAAAAUGUUUACAUUUUCUGUC